AUGAUGUUCGUACCUUUUACCGGUGUUGACAAUCACUAUCGUAAUGUUACCUUGGGUGCUGCUAUAAUCGGUAAUGAAACUGCCGAAACAUAUAGCUGGUUGCUUAACGCAUUUCGGCAGGCAUUUGGGCGCGCACCACCUGUAAUUGUAACUGAUCAAGACCCAACGAUGAGGAAAGCUAUUCAAGAUACUUGGCCUGAAAGUAGGCACGGGCUUUGCAUGUGGCAUAUAAUAGACAAACUUACUACCAAGGUUGGCGCCAACCUAUGCAAUAGCACUGAUUUUAAGAAGAGGUUGUGUGAUAUUGUUUGGACUGAUGCAUUACUACCCGAACAGUUUGAAACCGAAUGGGGUGUUAUAUUGACUGAUUUUAAUUUGGUGAAUCAUGAAUGGUUACAGUCUAUUUACGAGAUUAGGGAUACAUGGAUCCCUACGUACUAUCGUGAUGAACACAUGUCUGGGCUGAUGCGUACUUCGUCACGUUCGGAGAGUGAGAACCAUUUCUUUGGGCAGUUUUGCAACCCGAACUGUACGCUUGUUGAAUUCUUGGGCCAUUUUGACUUUGCAAUUGAAGCCCAAAGAUACGAGCACAGGAAGAAUGAUCACGAUACUAGGCACACGAACCCCCAAAUAUUUGCAAAAGAGUUUGUCUUAGAACAACAAGCAGCAAACAUUUUCACACGAACAAUUUUCUUCGAUGCACAACUUGAAAUUCAGACAGCCAUUCACAAGUGUGGUAUUGGAAAAUGGGAUGAAAUGGAGGAUAACUUUGUGAACUUCUCUGUGAAGGACUUUUCUCAAACGUGUACUACAUUUUUUCAGGUUAUGAUGCGCUAG